UUUGGACUACACAGUAUGUCCUAGUCUAUCGUACGUCCACAGUUAACGGUGUAAAUAUGGUGUUUUUCACGUGAUAUUGUCUUAAAGUAAAUCAAAUACGGUAUCCUUAUCUCCCGUGUGUGAUAUCGACGUUGACACGUUGUGAUUUUAGUGUAAGGUUAGAUGCCAUACCUGCAAAUGGUUCCAUAGUCAACAUCACUUAAACAGGACAGAAGUUAUCUGAAUUUGGACCAUCAGUCAGCACCCAGCAGGAGUCCAUUGCCAAAUCUUAUAUAGGCUAUAAACUUCUUUUGUGUUAUGAUAAGACGCAAGUAAUUUGAAUAGUUUUGGGCUCAUGUCGGCGAAGUUACAAGAGAUGUUGUGCAGAACUGCCUUGCAAUUAAGGCUCAGAACUGGAGAGUAACGGGGAUGUGGUCACCUCUUUGGCUAGAAUGGAAAGCAAACACAAGAAAAAGGGUGAUGCCGCAGUGGGCGCUGGCAGUAGCAAUAGUUCUGUUUCUGUCACCAGUACACACACUUCUGUUGACUCACGUACUUCAACAGUCUGUUCUUCAUCUCUCACCUGCUCAACAGUCACAAGUAAGAAGGAAUUUCUGGAUGGGAGACUUACACAAACCGGGGCUCAGGACACCUCUCGAAAUAAUAUUGACCAAGAGGGAAACAGAGGUAAUGUCAGGUUAGAACGAACGGCAGGCGAUGGGACGCAAGUAGGAAUCAGUGACUCAGGACGAGCGAAAAGCGAAGUUAAAGAUGUCAGUAAUCGAGGUACACCCGCUUACCCUGGCGAAUCACCACUUAGGAAAUCCACUUCCCCCUCAGGGAUGCCUUCGCCUGAGAGCAUAUUACGGAGGGGCCAGCAUGGAGAACCUGGUAUCCAGACUCCCUUUUCCCCGCUCCGGUGUGAAGGACAGACGAACUCUGGUGAAAGGAUUGGUGCAAUUAAGACAAGUACUGCUCCCGGUGAUAUGGGCAAAUUAUCUAGUCAAUAUGCAGCACGACAGAAACAAAAAUCCAAUGGCUUUCUAAAUAUAUUCAAAUGGUUUAGAAAUCGAGACAAGAGAAAGUUUGGUUCUGUUGACAAGAUUAGCAUUAACAGCAGUGAAAGUCUCAGUAGCUUAACCAGUGCGACAAGUAGUUUUGCUUACAUACCAAUAAUGAGAAGCAAAAGUGCUGGUAACCAGAAGGAUAUUUUAACCCCUUGCAGUAUCCAAUCUCAGGCUGUUACUUCACGCAAAUAUAGACUUUUUUCCAAAGAAUCUUCUCUGAGCAGAUUAAAAUCAGACUCCAAAAGAAACAGUGGAGUCUCUGCCAUAAGUGGUUCGUCAGUCGAUUCAUCCGUGAGAGAAGGCUUGUCAAGACCAUCAUCUAUGCGAAAAAAGAGGCCUGCCCCCCAACCUCCUGGAUCUCCCAAGUCAAGUGAAUCUGGAUCACUUAAAAGCUACACCAGUUUACCUUCCAGGGACCUUAUACCGGUUACUGGUUCUACGACAGAGGUUCCGGAAGGGAGAAGGCUACAAAAAUCAAAAAGUGAAGGGCUAAUUUGCAGAAAAACCAAAAGAAGAGCUCCACCUCCACCAGUGCAAGCAGUCGCUCAGAGAUUUCAUGAAGAGAAUCAAAAUAAAAGAGCAGAAUCUGAGAAAGGGGCGAAACUCCACUCUGCUGACGGGUCUAGCUCAGGUGGUCGACCAACAGAUAGUGUUUCUAGUACCAGUUCAUUGUCUCAGUCCUUAUCAUCCAUUUCCACACUUCAGUCCCACAGCAGCAGUGCGAAUUCUGCUCUCCACAGUACUGUAAGAUCUACAUCAAGCUCGUGUGUCUCUGAUGACAGUAAAUCCACUCUCACACCUCGUCCUUGGUAUAAAAGGAAAAAGAAGGAAAAUGACAGUAAAGAUCCCAAGACCUCGAUGAAAAAGGAAAAAGUCUAUGAUACCUGGAUGCCUGAAAUUCAGUUUUCACGGAAACUAAACCUUACUGGAACUUUUCAGAAAAACAAAAAUAAAAAUGAUGCCAAAGAAUCUCCCACAAAAACAAAAGAAGAUGAAAAGAAAGAAAAGAGGCAGUCACAAGUCUCUCUGUUAGCAAGCAUAAGUGAGCUGGACAGAGCUGCUUCAGAACAAAUGCAACGAGAAUUAGAGGAAAAGAGGGCACAGAAAGCUGAUUACGAUAGUAAGUUUUAUAAGUCAAGUGAACCACGUAUUCUCACACAAAGGGAUUUCUUGCCCAGACAACAAGAACAUUCUGGUUCAACUGGGCAAGAAGAAUCUGGACAUCCAAGGUUAUGGUAUUUGGGAAGAAAUGAAAACCAAGACAACUACCAUAAAAAUGAACAAGUUGGUACUCUACCUGAGAGCUACUCCAAGCAGUCUACGCUCAGAUUGGAGAAAAUUAAUGGUAAUCAUUCCUUAGACGACAACUGCAGUGGAAAUGAUUUAUUCCCUCUUGAUUUAGAAAGUCUACGAAACUCUCUGGAAUGUGAUAACUUACCCGAUUUAUUUACGGGCAGUCCAGAGCCACCUAGUUCACCUGGUCGAGCGCGGGAAUCACCCUUGCAGAGAGCUGUCAUUGAUGCUGAGUUAUUCUAUCAGCUUGCCAAAGACUCAAGAACCUCUGUUGAUGUUAAGCCUAAAAACUCGCCAAAUGCUUUACGUCGAGUGGAAAACAGGAAGCAGACAAGGACCGAAGAGAGUGAAGAAGAAAACACUGGGCUAGACUUGUCCGAUGUGUUUGGUCCUUUUCGCAGACAGAGUAAGAAUUUUGGACUCAGAAUGAAUAAUUUCUUUUCCCCUGAUGUCUCUACUAUUCUGGAAACAUCUGAAUCUAUGACAUCGACUGCAACAACACCAGGGGAUGAAAUAUAUGAGGAUGUGUCCAUGCCAAUGUCAGUUAUUGGGAGAAGAAAAGCUGACUCAAUACAUGAAGAGGCAAUCAGUGAAGCAAAUUAUGAAUUCCGGCUCAAUUCCUCUGAUGCCAGAGAGAUCAUACAGGAGAUAGCAGAAGUGCGAGAAGAAAUUGAAAACAUCAGGAAACAGGAAGAAGAAGAAGCUAUAAGAUAUUCAGAUAAGAGGAAAGCAAACAAGAUAAAAGCUGAAUUAUCAUUUUUCAGAGACAGAGAGUGUUUCGAUUUCUGGCAGGGUAAAGCAACCUCCAGUAACGUUCCGCCAAUGCCCAUUGAAAUUAAUGAAAACAAUGAACGCAAGUUAAAGUGGGUCUGCGAAACCUGCACAUUAAUAAAUCUUCCAUGGAGACUGCAGUGUGAGGCAUGCAUGAAGAGAAGACCAUCAAAUCCAAAACGAGUCGAUGAAGAUGGAAACUCCGUGUCAUCGGAGCAUCCGAGUUCCCCCCACACAGGCUCAAGUGAGAGUCCAGUAACAGUGAUUCACGAUGAUGGUGUGACCACAAGGACAGCAAAUAUCACUGGAGAAGAAGCUGGGUGCAGUGAGGGAAUAUCACCCACUAGAGACCAGGAUCCUACAGGGAAAAACAGAAGGGACAUCAAUUGGGAAGUAGAGCUACAGAAAUAUUUCAGAACUUUUGAUGAACAUGUAAGGAACCAGAAUGACACAACAGAUGAAGGUGAAUAUCGUCCAGUUUCAGAUGUAAAUCUACCACAAGCAGAGGCAUCAUAUGGUAAAAUUUCAAAAAAUGGUAAAAGCACCCAGGAUGCUUUUUCUGCCUCAGGCUCAGCAGAAAAGCACCAGGGUGCAAAACCAAAGACAAAGAAAUUUGGAAGUGCUUUCACCGAAGAGGAGAUAAGGGCGUCUUAUGAAUUAUUUAGCAUGAAAGUAAAUGCUAGUGGAAAUGCUUUAAAUGAUAUAGAUAUAGAUGAAGUUAGAAAAUUAAGACUCGCUAAAUUUCAAGAAGGGAGCGCGUCUGUACCAGUGAACAACGAGACAAAUAUCACUGAUCAGGAAGUUAAAAAAAACACCAAAGAAAAAAAGACGACCAAGAAUAAAAAUAAGAACAAAAAUACUGAGGAAGAAGGGUGUAGCUCAAAGAACAAUGAUCAGAAAGUUGCCCAAAAUUCCCAAGAAAGUCAAAAAAACGAGGAGAAAAGCAAGACACCGGAGGAAGCAGACAAAUCCUACUAUGCCAAAAGCUACACCAAACCUCAGGUACUGAAACCUAGCGGUGCCGUUAGGAGUGUGAUCAGUGUUUUUAAUCAGAUGGACCAGAUACACCAAAUAAGCAAAGAAAAGCCAAAAGUUACUCGCAGAAGAUCAUUUGGAAAUGUCAGCGGCAGGGCGCAGUUAUUCGAAAGUCUCAACUCGGGAAGCAACAGCCCAGAACUACCGAGGUCGCAGAAGAUGAUGAAGGAAGUUCCUAAACCUUAUCAGAAAGUAGAAAUAUUGAAAGACAAGGACAUUGUUUCUGCCAUUGCGAAAUUUGACGAAAUGGCAGCCAUGGCGGAAAUAGAGAAAAUAGAGAAGCACAGAGUGAAGUAUGAAACCCCCAAGAAAAAGCCGUGGGUUCCAAGUGUAUUCUCAGUAACUACCACAAAAACAUCGACCUCUGUAACGAACACGACUUCCAAUACAAAUUUCCAAAACACCACAGUCCAGACUAAUAAUACAAAGUGUAGUGUAGCUUCCUCUAGCAACCUUGAAAAUACAGUUUCAGAAAGUUCAGACGCACUAAUCAAAGGAGGAAUUCUUUUCACUGAACAAAGGAAGCGGUCAAUGUCCAUAGGUUCAGGAACUUUUGAACUGAUUGAAGCCAAAGAUUUUGAGAAUAUUGAAGCUCAGCACAGUGAAUCCUUAUUAUCUGCAGCCAGUGGCAUAUCACAACUUCCUGGCGCCUCGGCUGACACUAGCGCCACCAAUGGGCCCACAACAGUCUUAAAUCCCAUGGCAGAACAAACCUCCCAUUCUAAUACAGUAGCUUUAGUCCCCAAAUCAGAAAGCGUGGGUGAAUGGAAGAGAGAUAUAGAGAAUAAAGAAUUGGAGAGACUGAGUCAUCAGCUUACAGGCCCAGACGGCAUUGCUACCUUCAAAGCCAAUUUGAGGGUCGAAGAGCAAUCCCUGGGCCACACCAACACCCUGAACAUCAACCGCCUCCUGAAGAAACUCGAAACGGCCAUCUCCCGGGGCGACCACGCCAAGGCAGCCCAACUCGCGCACGAACUCGCCGAGCUCAAAAUAUCCUGCUCCGUCAUACGCAACAAGAGGAAUACAAGUAGUGAGAGCACAGUCAGUCAAGAUGAGGCGUCCGUCGUGUCGUAUAAGACGACCCAGUCUACUGUCAGGCCGAAUACUCUGGCCUUUGAGGAGCGAAAUGCGCUUCCCGUAAUUCAUCCGAACGCCGAGUCUGUUGAGGCUACGACGCCGUCCAACGUGUCCGAAUGCUUCUACGAUGCUUCGGAGCGCUUCGAGAACGAUAACAUCGAUUCGAAUGAAUAUAUAUAUGAAUAUGAGAAUGAUGACUUCGUAUAUCAAGUGGACGCACCGUCAGCUCUCCUACCCGACGUGAGGAAGGGAGAUAACAAGCCAUCGGAAGUUGUAAAUAAGGAAAAGACAUCGCCAGUAUCAGCUCCCCGGUCGACGCCAGCCCAGGUCGAAGCCGCGUCGAAUGCGAGUCCGACGCCCAGCCGGAGGGAAGUCCGCGUCGACCCUGCGAGGAGAGAAGUCAAGUCGGACAACAUCAGCAAACUGACUGAUGAAUCGUCUGUCGAAGUCAAGGAUGUCAGAAAUGCACCUUUGCCUUUCACGGUGAAGAUGUACGUUGAGGACAAAAACAGCCACCAAGGACCCAUUUCCUUCAGUGUUGUAUCCACAAUGACAGUAGGCGAACUAAGAGAGAAGGUUUACCAGAACUUCGGGUUCCCACCUCACGUGCAGCGCUGGAUCUUAGGGAAGCGCCUAGCAGACGACGACUUAUGUACUCUCGACCAGCACAAAGUCACGUCAGAAGGCUGUCCGAUCUUCCUCUAUCUCGUGGCACCUCAAGCGGACACUCAGGAAAGGAACCACCAGUCUCAGCGGAAAACGGAAUACGCAUACGUCGAUGCUCCUGUGAAGGCCGUUCCCUCUUCUCUCGCUAAAAGUUUUAGAGAAGAAUGCAACGAGGUUAUUUACGAGAAUAUAUGCUCGGAGAGGGAGGAAUACGAGUCUCUGGGCAGAAGCGAAGUCGCGGGGCCGAAGCCGGUGUCACAGCUCCGGCAAAUGCAGGAAGUGAAAUAUGCUCCCGUGCCCCAAAAGGUUGAAAUUCGUUCGAAUGUCAAUGGGGUGGCUAGCACGCAUGCCGGGUCAGCAAAUUCGUCCAGUAGUGGUAUAUAUCAGAAACAAAACGUCCAAUAUGGGAAGGUUAAUCCGCCAACGAAGAAGAUUGAGGAGACGGUAUUGCAGCCAAUGCCAGCGAAAGGAACGAAGAGAGAAACAACGGAAAUGACCAUACAGCUGCAGGCCCCACAACAACAACAACAACAACAGCGACAGCAGCAACAGGAACAGCAAAGACAACAACAGCAACAGGAACAGCAAAGGCAACAACAGCAGGAACAACAGCGACAGCAGCAGCAACGACAACAGCAGCAACAACAGGAACAACAACAGCAACAACAACAAUUACUACUAAAACAGCAACAGCAGCAACAACAGCAAGAACAACAACUAUUACUACAAAAACAGCAGCAGUACCGACAACAGCAUCAACACCAACCACAACAACAGCCGGCAGCUAAGCAAGAACCGUCCGCAUUAAACCCGCCCCUACAACACCCAGCACAAAAAACGGAAAGAUCACAAGACAGAUCGGAGCCUCUGACGAACACAAAACAGCCCCAGCAAGUGCAGCAGCCGACGCCGAUCGUUGCCUCGGCCACCCAACCCCCCGGCAGCACAGCAGCAAUGGUCGACACCAGCAAGCAGCAAGCUAAAGCAGACAGCAGCGUACCAAAGAAGAAGAAUUCCGCGCAGAAGGGGUCUUCCCCGAAGCAGAAGCAGAAACGAGCGCCGCAACCUGAAAAAUCUCAAGCAACCAAAUCCAAGGAGCAGCAUUUAGCACCAGCACCCUCACAGACGCAACCACAAGCACCCUUACAGACCCAAACACAAGCACCAGCCCAAGCACAAGCUCUGGAGACUCCCAAAGCUGGCGCGCCGACGAGAGAGGACAGCGGCGAGGACGCCAGAACACUCUCGGCGAAAGCGCACGGCUGGAUGUGCCCGACCUGUACUCUCGUCAAUCGGUGGGAGCGCCCUGGUUGUGAGGCGUGUGCAACCGAGAGACCGGGAUCGGAGCCCCUAGGGAAAGGGACUGCAGCGGAAAAGGGCUCGGGCUUGGGUGCCGUCGUGUCAGCUCUAGAACGCCAGGGUUACGUUCCUAACCGAGAGUCUUUUGAAUGCCGUAUCUGUUUCCUUGAUUUCGACGUGGGAGAAGGAGCCGUUCUGAGGGACUGCCUUCACACCUUCUGUCGGGAAUGUUUAGCCAACGCUAUUAAGUACUCUGACACAGCCAUGGUUAAGUGCCCAUACCGGGAUGACCAGUAUUCCUGUGAUUCUUCUCUGCAGGACAGAGAAAUUAAAGCUCUGGUGACACCUCAAGAAUACGAAAAACACUUGGCGAAGUCAGUAAAGCAGGCCGAGGGGGCGAUGGAAAACGUUUACCACUGCAAGACACCCGAUUGCCCUGGCUUCUGUCAGUACGAGGAUAACGUUAAUAUCUUCCAGUGUGAGGUCUGCAAGAAAGUCAAUUGUCUCACGUGUCAGGCCCAGCAUCCUGGCGUCAGCUGUAAGGAAUAUCAGGACGAUUUAGCGAAUAAGGUGGACGAGGCAGCCAUGAAGACGAAGAAAUUCUUUGAUGAUAUGAUACGGCGCGGAGAUGGCCUGCCUUGUCCGAAAUGCUCCGUGAUGCUGGUGCGGAAGUGGGGCUGUGACUGGAUGCGGUGUCCUAUGUGCCGCACGGAAAUCUGCUGGGUUACACGGGGUCCCAGAUGGGGUCCGGGGGGCCCUGGUGAUGUUUCAGGGGGCUGCAAGUGUGGAAUUCGAGGUCAAAAGUGCCAUCCGAAGUGCACUUACUGCCAUUAGUAUUACGUCAUCAGUUCUUCCUCACCCACUCUUUUUUUUAUCGCUUUUUGUAUUGCUUCCUCGAAGGAGCACAUUAUAUAUGUAUACAUAAAAAUGCUUAAGUAUUU